AUGCGCCCUAAACAUCUGUCUUCGUUGCAGAAGACUUACGAUGAGUGCUAUCUUAUGUGCUCUACCGCCGUCUACUUUGAGGGUCAGAAUAACGAAGACGAAGCCCUAAAGUCGUGGCGCUCCGCCCUGGAAGCCAUCUACUGCCACAAUGCCUACCGCGCUCCCUCCAAGUACACCCCCAAGAAUGAGACCGAGCGCGCCCUGCAGGAGUCCCUCCGACAGCUGGAGCUCCAAUGCCGCGAGCGCGUCGACCUCAUCGAGGCCCUCCGCGAGAGCAGAAAGGACUCGUCGUCCGCUCCCACGCGCCGAUCGCCCGCCGCCACGCCGUCCGGUUGGAUCGGAGACGGCACCAUCCCCGCCGUCGGAUACUCCGACCUCUCCAAACCGCCUCCCCUCCCGACCCGCCCCACCCCCAUGAUCUCCGGGCCAUCCGUCCGCCCCUCCGCCCCACGCACCCAGUCGCAUUCCUCCUCUAGCAUUAAUCGCAACUCCAGCCCGGAACGCCGCUCGCUGUUGCCGUCCACGCUGCGCAGCCUCGGCGGCAAGAAGAACAAAAAGAAGACCAGUCCCCGACGGACCCCGCGGCCGGCUGCCGCGUCCCAGGCCGCCGGUCUCGCCUGGGGCAGUAUUAGCGCUGCUCCGCCUCGGCCGGACCGCACCGCCACCGAGGCCGCCGUGGCCUCCUCUCGUCAGGCGGCCGCGGACCGAUCACGCCAGAGCGACGCGCUGCGUCCCCGGCCGGUGGUCGUCCGUCGCGAGACGUCCGAGGACCCUCGCGCGGGACGGAAGCUGGAUUCGCCGGCCUCGCGGUCGUCCGCGCAGGCGGCAUCCCCUGCUAAGUCCGCGCCUCCAACGCCGCGCCGUGACGCUACCCCGCGUACUGUGUCGUCGACCGAGCCCCGGGAGACGGCGCGCGUGCGUGACUCCCCCCGACCAUCCAUUCGCUCCAAGCCUGCCGCACUGCGGUCGUCCGUACCUCCCGAGGCGGCGCCGCCAUCACCGUCGUCGGCGCCUCCGCCGGUGUCGAACUCGCCGCGGACAGAUGCCACACCCCGUCCCCGCCCCACCGCCGCAGCGGGCCUGGCGUCCGGGGUAGAUAAGAUGUCCAUCGACCGUGACAGUCCCGCUCCAAAGACGCGCAGCACACGGGCCAUGACGCCGCCGUCGAGCGACCCCGAGUCAUCGGGGCCCCGAUCCACGGAUCUGGACGACGAGGAGGGUGAUGAGGAGGCCGAGGAGGACCCGAUGACGCACCUCCUGCCCAAGCUCCCAAAGGGCGUAGACGAGACAGCCGCUCGGCAAAUCCUCAACGACAUCGUCGUCCGCGGCGACGAAGUCCACUGGGACGACAUCGCGGGACUGGAAGGGGCCAAGACAGCCCUCAAAGAAGCAGUAGUCUACCCCUUCCUCCGACCCGACCUCUUCUCCGGCCUCCGCGAACCAGCCCGCGGCAUGCUCCUCUUCGGACCCCCAGGAACCGGCAAAACAAUGCUCGCCCGAGCCGUAGCGACUGAAUCCCAAUCCACCUUCUUCUCCGUCUCCGCCUCCACCCUAACCUCCAAAUGGCACGGCGAAAGCGAAAAGCUCGUGCGCGCCCUCUUCGGGCUCGCGAAAGCACUCGCCCCAUCCAUCAUCUUCGUCGACGAGAUCGACUCGCUCUUAUCAGCUCGGUCGUCGGGAUCGGAGAACGAAGCCUCCCGCCGCUCCAAGACGGAGUUUCUGAUCCAGUGGUCGGAUCUGCAGCGUGCUGCUGCGGGGAGAGAGCAGAAGAAGGCUACCUCGGCCGGGGAUCCGAGCCGGGUGCUGGUGCUGGCUGCUACGAAUAUGCCGUGGGAUAUUGAUGAGGCUGCGAGGCGGCGGUUUGUGAGGAGGCAGUAUAUUCCGUUGCCGGAGGAUACUGUUAGAGAACAGCAGUUGCGGACGCUGUUGGGACAUCAGGUUCAUGAGUUGGGGGAUGGGGAGAUACAGACGUUGGUGGGGUUAACUGAUGGCUUCUCCGGCUCCGACAUAACAGCCCUCGCCAAAGACGCCGCCAUGGGCCCGUUACGCAAUCUAGGCGAAGCCCUGCUGCACACACCCAUGGACCAGAUCCGACCCAUCCGCUUUGAAGACUUCCAGGCGAGUCUGGCGUCUAUCAGACCGAGUGUGAGUCAGGAUGGGCUACGGGAGUAUGAGGAGUGGGCGGCGCAGUUUGGGGAGAGGGGGGGUUAA